UCAAAGUCAACCACCUAAACGCCAAACUAGCGAAACCAAAACAUUCAAAAACUCCAUUUUCAAAACUAAAUAAAGUGGAUUAUCUUUGACUGCAAAUAUUAUUACCGCGAAAUAAACACACUACAAAAGUUUUGUUUUGUUAGAACAAAAUGGCUGAUAAAAUGCAGGAUGAUGACGGUCCGUCGGAUAGCAGUUUAUUAGUGAUAAUAGUGGACACUAAUCCAAAUCAACGAUAUAUCACUGAAGACCCGAAGGUUUUAACUGGUUGUUUAGAUGCCGUUAUUGCAUUUGCUAACUCACAUUUGAUGCAGAAAUCAAGGAAUUUACUCGGAGUUAUUGGAUGUCACUUUCAUAAAAGUGAAUACCUGUAUCCAUCUCCGGGAAAGCCACUGGAUGUUAGACAGAUAGACGGACAGUAUGAAUUAUUUACAUUAGUAGAAAAGACUAUAAAAAUGAGACUGGUGAAUUUGAUAAAAAGUCAGCCUCAAGAAGACAAACCUGGAGAAUCUUUGCUGGCUGGAGCUCUUGCUAUGGCACUUUGCUUCAUAUCUAGGAUGCGUCGUGAGGCAACACCCGGUCUGCGUAUGAGCAGUCGUAUUCUGAUAGUAACAGGCAGCUCGGACACCGCAGCACAGUACAUUAAUUAUAUGAAUGUAUUCUUCACAGCACAGAAACAGCAAGUUCUAAUAGAUGUAUGUUCUCUGGACAAGCACUUAAGUCUGUUGCAGCAAGGCUGUGAUAUUACGGGAGGUCUGUACCUCAAAGUGCCCUCUCUUGAAGGAUUACUGCAGUAUUUAUUGUGGGUAUUCCUCCCGGAAGCUUCAGAACGUAACGAGCUAGUGUUGCCGGGGCGAGGUAGAGUGGACUACCGCGCGGCUUGCUUCUGCCAUAGAGAACUACUAACUAUCGGAUACGUUUGCUCUGUUUGUUUGAGUGUUUUCUGCAAGUUCAGUCCGAUCUGCACAACAUGUCAUACCGUGUUUAAAAUCGGAGGACCUCUUCCUAUCAAGCCUAAAAAGAGGAAGAUGAAAGUUUGACAAGAAAUAUAACGGGUUUGUAAAUAUUAAGUAACUAGUUGUUCCCGUGCGGCUUCAUCCGCAUGAAAGUAUGAAAAUUUUAUUUUAUU